UGUUUUUUAUAUUCUGUUUUGAGCCACCCAGAAUGGCUAGGGAAACCCAGCCAGAUAGGUGGGGUAGAAAUAUGAAUUUAUUGUUAUUGUUGUUAUGUGUAUAUAUAUUUUUUUAAGAAAAAAAAAAGCACUGAUUAUUAUUAACCUGAAAUGGAGAAGUCUUAAUUGCCUAUCAUAGUCCACAAACCAAGAGAGGUAUUAAAUGUACCACAUGAGGACAUCUUCAUGACAGCACAAUGUGCUGCUGGCUUCUCGGCACGUACCGGUAUGUAAAUUUUAAACACACCCAAACACAGACUGCAAUUUAUGUGGAAUAAUGUGCACGUCUUCCUCCCCCAGGUUCGUCAUCGCAAUUACGCUGACCAGUCACAAGAUCUGACCAUUCUCACGAUGCAGGCCCUGCAGAUCAGUGCCGUGGUUUGCAGUUUCAUCAGUCUUCUGCUCUUCCUCAUUGCCCUGGGAUCAAACCACUGGGUAGCAGAUAGCAAUAGAACCAUUGGCCUCUGGAGAUUUUGUGUUUAUUACGGGGUCAAUUCUGGUUGUUGGUCACUUGGGACGGAUGUGAAUAAUUAUGUCCACACUACCAGAGUCUUCAUGCUGCUUGGGAUGACUGCUGGAGCCACCUCUUGCCUUGGUAUUUGUGGCAAAUAUUUUGACUUCCAGUUUGGCGCCAUCUCCAGGGCCAAGACCUCAGCUAUAGCCAGCAUUGUUGCAGCUGUUUGUGUCCUGAUUGCCAUGUCCAGCUACACAGGGCAUGUGGGAUCACUGGCCAGUUAUGGAUGGUCUUUUGGCUUGGGCUGGGCCUCCUUUCCUCUCUUCCUUAUAACUGGUGGGCUGGCUCUUCGCCUGAAUACUGUGCCAGGGAUCAGCUCUGAUGGCCUUUCUAAGGCACAGAAGCUAUAGAUGCUUCUAGUGUGCUUAUAGAAUUAAACAGAAGUUUCUAGGGUGUUCUCUGUGUGAGGAAAGUUAUCAAGGGAACAGAGACAUGCACCUCAUACCCAAAGACAAAGUGCUGUACAGUGGAACCUCGGUUUAUAAACACCUCGCUUUAUGAAUUUUUGGUUUACGAAUGCCGCGGACCCAUCUGGAACGGAUUAAUUCAUUUUCCAUUACUUUCAAUGGGAAAGUUUGCUUCAGUUUAUGAAUGCUUCAGUUUAUGAACAGACUUCCGGAACCAAUUACACCUAUGCUUGUUUAUGAAUGCUUCAGUUUAAGUACUCCGUGGACCCGUCUGGAACGGAUUAAUCCACUUUCCAUUACUUUCAAUGGGAAAGUUCGUUUCAGUUUAUGAACGCUUCAGUUUAAGUACUCCGCGGACUGUCUGGAACAGAUUAAUCCACUUUCCAUUAUUUUCAGUGGGAAAGCUCGCUUCAGUUUAUGAACGCUUCAGUUUAUGAACAGACUUCCGGAACCAAUUGUGUUCAUAAACCGAGGUACCACUGUAAUUACAGGCCGAAAGGAGUCUCAUGUUAUUCUAUUAUUUCCUGUUCUUUUUUUCUCAUUCUGUGCUGAUUUUUACUUGCUAAGUGUACAUAGAUGUUUAAGUUCCAGUUUUUCUGCUAAAUUGUGCAGCAACUGGAUUUUUGAGAGACUUUACCUUCCAGGGAGCUGGAACUGUACUACCAAGCUUACUUUAUACCUUUAGCAAACCUUUACUGAUAGAGUUUAGGUUGUUGUUGUUGUUGUUGUUGUUGUUGUUGUUGUUGUUGUUGUUUUGAAUUACACGUUGUCUUGCAAGCUAUUCUACUCUGCUAGCUGCUACCAACCAAGCAGGCAUUCCUGGGGUCAUUUGAGCACAAACCCUGACAUACUGCCAUGCAUUCUACUCAUACUGAUCUAGAACAGAUUACAACAUUUGUAGCAGAGUAAAAACUUAAAGAAGGAAAAUGAGCAUAAUAGUCACCAAUCCAACACAUUCAGGCACUGCCCAUAAGAAAUCCAGUUGCAACAGACUUAACUUAAACUUACAAUAUAAUAAAACUAAAACUUUAAUACUAAGCAUACUAUAUACGGAACACUACACCAGAAGGGGGACCCAGGUGGCGCUGUGGUUAAACCACUGAGCCUAGGGCUUGCUGAUCAGAAGGUCAGCGGUUCGAAUCCCUGUGACGGGGUGAGCUCCUGUUGCUCGGUCCCAGCUCCUGCCAACCUAGCAGUUUGAAAGCACGUCAAAAUGCAAGUAGAUAAGUAGGAACCGCUACAGCGGGAAGGUAAACGGUGUUUCCAUGUGCUGCUCUGGUUUGCCAGAAACGGCUUUGUCAUGCUGGCCACAUGACCUGGAAGCUGUACGCCGGCUAUAAUGCGAGAUGAGCGCGCAACCCCAGAGUCGGUCAUGACUCGACCUAAUGGUCAGGGGUCCCUUUACCUUUACCUUUACACCAGAAGGAAAGAGAGAUAGAAAGUGAAACCCAGGCUCCUUCUGGCCUUAUGAAUAUAGCCAGCAUGACCUUGACAAAAAGAGAACAGAACCAGUUUAAGCCGGCUGUACUCAGCUUCUCUGAAGGAAUGACCAAAUAUCAUGAACCUUCUGUUUGCUUCUGGGCAGAAUAGAAACUUACAAGUCAGCUAGAAAUUUCCAGCUUGCACCAGUUUCUUUAACACAGAGAAGUUUCCAGAACCCUCUUGAAUGAAUUGGAAUAGGAAAGAUCUCUACAUACCAGAUCAAUACUUUCUGUACCAAGAAAGGCAAACUGACACAUACUGUUAGGUCAGCAUGAGGAAAAGAGUGUGCUACAAUUUGAGAUGAGAUACGUUGAUGUAUUGGGUCACAGACACAGUCUGCACUGGGACAAGUUGGACCUGGAGGAAAUGACUGAAGCUAAAACAUUAUACAACUAGUAUAUUGAAGCCCGUUAAAAUAACGGAUGCUAGAACAUAUGUGGUGAAACAUAUGUUGUGAAACAUAUGUAGGUAGGUAUGACUGAACUGGGGAAGUGGGUAGCCUUGAGGCACCACAAAAAAAGCCCUUUUGGCAUGAUGGCUUCACAGCAGGGAAACACAGGAGCAGUGAAAAGGAUGACAACUUUUUUUUGCAAGGGAGGAGAGUCAGGGGGGGGCUGAUGCAGCCUGCCCGCUAGCCUUCUUUGAGCUAGAGGCCCUAAACAGGAAUGCCUGGGGUUAGGGACCCACAACAAUCCCUUGAAGGUAGGGGUGGGGAACCUGACAAAGACAUUCUCUGGGGGGAAAGGUUUGGGGAGCCCAUUCAGGUGGUGGGCAGAGCCAAACCAUACCCCCUUCUUACACACACACACACACACACACACACACACACACCUCUCUCUCUUAGCCCUGAGCUCCAUAGGUAGAACAUGAGACUCUUCCUCUCAGGGUUGUGGGUUCGAUCCCCACGUUGGACAAAAGAUUCCUGCACUGCAGGGAAGGGGACUACAGGACUCUCCAGGUCCCUUCCAGUUCUAUAAUUCUGAUUUUCUCUCUCUCACACUCACACACACACACACACACACACACCAAUCUCACACAGUCUAAAGCCUGAGCCAGAGUGCCAGAAUAUGCUGGGGAUGAAAUGGGGGGGGAAUUGAGAGGUGCUUAAGAGCUGUAGAUUCUUAUCCCUUGGGGCUGAGUGCAGGAAGGGUCGAGUUCAUGCCCCAGAGAGUUAUGGGUAAGGGCUGGUGUUAGCGCAGGGGAAAUGCCGUGGGUAGCAUGGAGACAGGAUUCAAAGAGCGCUGCAGGCAAGAGCUGGAGAGGGUGCUUGCUGGGAGAGCCACCUCAGGCACCGUAUUUGUGCCUCAAGCAAUGCCUACCUAUAGUGCGGUGGGGAGGGGGGGGCGUUGAGGCAAAGCAGGCGAGGCGAGAGAGUGAGAGGAAAGUACCCCUUUCUGCGCAAGGUGGUAGGGGCUUGUAGAAACGCAGGCUUUCUGGAGGAGCUUGUUUCUGCAAAGGGAAGCCGGCGCGCGCGGGAAAGCUCUCCAGGGGAGGCUGCAAGGCAAAAAGCAGCGAGCGCCUAGAGCUCUCUCUCCCCCCCCCUCUCUCUCUCAUUCUCCAGGGGAGGCUGGGCUGGGGGAGGGGCAGGAGUGGGUAGAAAGCGGAAAAGCCUUUCCAUGAGCUGCCUGGUGCAGCCAGGCUGCUCCUGCCGCUGCCGCCACUCCUCCUGACGGUUCCCCUAAGUCUGGAGAGCGGAGAGGGGCGAGAGACAGAGAGAGCGCUCUGCGUUCCCGCCGCUCCUCCUCCUCCUCCUGCUGCUGCUGCUGCUCACAGUCCUGUCAGGCAGGAAGGUUCCCCUAAGUCUGGAGAGCGGAGGGGGGAGAGAGACAGAGAGGGAGAGCGCUUUGCAUUCCAAGUCCCAACGGCUGUCGUGGGGCACAUGCGCAGUAGGGCAAACCCGGGGACACACGGGAAAACUGGACGCAGAGACACAGGGACUUUAUUAUAUAGGAUAGCAAUGGGGUUAAGGAAUAGCAAAUUCACAGCAAAUUGGAAACUGUUAACUGAAUACUGAACUAGCCAACUUAGUGCCCUCCAAACGCUGUUGUGUUACAACUUGUCCAUUGGCCAAGCAAUAUUAUUAUUCCUUCAGUGGUUGGGUUAAAUGAAUGUGCUGACUAAAGAAAUGGAUUUUAUUCAAAGAUAUUCAACUAUUAGACUUGGACGGGCAUGAUAUUAAGUAUGGGUGGCAUGCCGGUCUCUGGUAUGAGAAAGCAAAAAUAUGUAAAAACUUUUCAAACCACGUGAUUAGAAAAAACCUACACAGAUUUUGGGAAAAACAUACAAACUGAUUAGAAAGGAAAUCACUGUUGUGGCUAUUCCCAAUGGAUGUGAUAGCAAGGAAUAAAAUUAACAUGGGCCAUCAGUGGAUAACCUACAGAGAUCUCUUAGAUUUAAGAGAACAGGAGCGCAGAAUGAAAUAAAUUAGAAGAGAAAGAAUCAAGUGGUGGAUUGACUUCAGAGUCACCAACUUAAUGAACUAUUUAAGAUGGACAAAAAAUUGAGUUUGCAGACCAGAGUUCCCAGUCUGAAAGGGAACUUUUAAGAACUAAAGACAAAACAUUGCCUUAAAUGUAUAGGCUGCUGCUAGAAUGGGAAAAGAAAGGUGAAUUUGCAAAAUCCUGUACGAUUAAUAGGGCAAGGGAUGUGGGACAAAAUAAUUGAAUUAGCAUUCUGGGAGAAAUUAUGGAAAACAGACCUGAAAUACACUGCAUGUUAUUUACUGAAGGAAAACCGCAUGAAAAUGAUCCACAGAUGGUAUUUAACGCUAAGCAGAUUAGUGAAAAUGUUUGGAGCUGGGAGUAUAAAGAGGUAGAAGGGUCAUUUUACCACAUGCAUUGGUCGUGCAAAGUAAUUAAGGAAUUCUGGGAAAUGAGUACAGUAUAAGAAAUAAUAAAAAAAACAUUUCCCAAGAAACCAGAAGCUUUUCUUCUGGGAAUGGUAGCAACAGAAGCCCCCCCCCCAAAAAUCUGUUCAUGUAUGCAGUGGCGGAAGAAGCCGCUUGGGUACCUGGAGCGGCACCUGGGGGCGUGCACCCCGGGGCGGGGCAUCACUCCGCAGCGUGCAUGUGCGGCAUUGCUACGUACGACAUACGUAGUGCCAUCGCACAUGCGCGCUACGGAGCGGUUUGCUGCCAGUGCCGCUCCAGCGCCAUACGGGGAUGGUGCCUGGAUCCUCUGCUUGUGUCUGCAGCUGCAAAUGGAAGAUUCUCCGUUUGCGGCUGCAGCCGCAAGCAGAGGAUCCCGGCACUGUACGUAUGGCGCCGGAUUGGCGCCGCUCGGCUUGGGAGUCGCGGGGGUGUGUGCCGAGUGUCACCCCCCUCCAGGGUGGCACCCGGAGCGGCCCACCCCCAACUAUGCCAGUGCAUGUAUCCCAGUACAGCAGCUCAAAUUUUACUUGCACAAAAAUGGAGAACAAACGCUAUGCCGUCUAGAAAUGACAUUUCAAGAUGCUGGAAGAUGCGUAGCUAGCCUAACUAGUUCUAAUAAGAUACGAGAACAAGAUGAUCGAGAAUAUAAAAAGGACUGGAAAAAGUUGAGUAUUUUUUUUAAAAAAAAUCAGUAUAUACAUGCGAACAGAUUAGCAGGCCUUGAAUAAAUUCAGCAGUGUAAGAGAAAGCAGGAGAUAAAGAGUAAGAGUAGAUUUUGGCAACUUAGAAUAUGCAGAAGAGGUGUGUGUG